AAAUAAGUUGUAUGCCAAACACAAUCCUCCUUCACACCCACCCAAGAUGAACACUCUUCAUUCCCUUAUUUCACUCUUUCUCUUCUCAUGCUUCCUUCCUCUUCUCUUGUCUUUUUCACCUCCUCAAACUCAUCUCCCAACGCAAUGUCUUGAUGACCAGAGAUCUCCUCUGCUGCAAUUGCAACAUCAUCUUUACUAUGCCCCUAAUUUUACUUUCUCUUCCAAAUUCGAGCUUUGGGAUCCCAACACUGAUUGUUGCUCUUGGGAAGGAGUUACUUGUGAUGCUUAUGGUCAUGUCAUUGGUCUUGAUCUUAGUUACAAAAACCUUUCAGGCAGCUUUCACUCCAUAUUCAAUCUCCAUCGUCUUCGGCGCCUUAAUCUUGCUGGAAACAACAUUAAUACCACUCUGUUUUCAUAUGGGUUUGAUAAACUCCAAAAUCUAACUCAUCUCAACCUUUCAAGCUCAUGUUUCCACGGCCAAAUUCCAAUGAAGAUCUCACAGUUAAGAAGGUUAGUCUCUCUUGAUCUAUCUUAUCAAGAUGAUUGCUAUUGGAGAAAUGGUUAUUAUUAUUAUUUACCACCUCUGAAAUUAGAGAAACCAAACUUCAAGACAUUAAUCAAGAAUUUGAGGUUUCUCACAGAGCUUUAUUUGGAUAAUGUGGACAUUUCAACUCAAAGUGCUAAAUGGUGUGAAACCACAUCUCUUGAACUUUCCAACCUGCGUGUGUUGAGUCUGUCAAACUGUGGUUUGAAAGGUCCAUUAUGUUCUUCACACUCAAGGCUCUCUUUUCUUUCCAAACUUAUCCUUGAUGGGAACACAAUCUCGUAUUUACCUCCCAAUUUCUUGGAAAUUUCGUCUCAUUUGGUUUCUCUAAGUUUAAGGGGUUGCAAUUUGAGUGGCCAUUUUCCAACUGAAAUUCUCUUAUCACCAAAAAUUCAAAGCAUUGACAUUUCAAACAAUGACUUUCUUAAUGGUCAGCUGCCAGAAUUUUCAUCCAACAAUUCUUUACAGAGUCUGUCACUUUAUGAGACAAAUUUCAGUGGAAAACUACCCCAAUCAAUUGGUAAUCUCAAGUUCCUGACAAAUUUAAAGCUUCAUUAUUGCAAUUUUUUUGGACCCAUUCCAUCGUCAAUUGCAAAUCUUAGUCACCUGGUCAACCUAUAUCUAGGAGGGAACAUGCUUUCUGGAUCAAUACAUUCUUCUUUAUUUACUCUUCCAUCGUUGAAGACCUUGUAUCUUGGAGACAAUCAAUUGGCUGGGAAAAUUGAUGAGUUCCCCAAUGCAUUUUCUUCUUUGAUUGAGUGGUUAUAUAUAGGCAAUAAUUAUUUAACAGGACCAAUCCCAAAGUCAAUCCUUCAACUUCCAAGGCUUGAAUGGCUUGAUAUCGAUAGCAAUAGCUUCAGUUCCACGAAGCUUGACAUGUUUGUCCAACUCAAGAACUUAAGGACUCUCUGGCUAAACAAUAUAAGCUUGUUAAUUGAAAGCGACAACAGAAGUCUUACUUUCCCCCAAUUAGAGAGGUUAUCGCUAAGGUCAUGCAGCCUUACCGAAUUUCCAGAAUUCAUCAAAACACAAGACAAGUUGGUUGAGUUAGAUCUUUCUAGCAAUCAUAUCCAUGGUGUUGUGCCUAAUUGGUUGUGGAAGAGCAGCCUUUCAAGGGUAAACCUUUCUUUCAAUGUGAUUGAUUUUCCAAAACAGCUUCCCUUAAGUGAUUUAAACUUCUCUUUUUCAAUGUUGAGGGGAUUGUAUCUGGAAUCUUGUAACAUAAGCUCAUUUCCAGAGAUCUUAAAGAGUCAAGAAAAUUUAGAAUAUCUUGAACUUUCAAAUAAUAAAAUAAGUGGUGCAAUACCAAAUUGGGUGUGGAAGAAAAGUUUGUGGUAUCUGUAUCUUGCUAAUAACCAUCUCUCAUCUUUGGACCAACUUUUACCCAAUCAGAGUUCAACUUCUUCACAGGGCUUUUUCACUUUGGACGCAUCUUAUAACAAUUUGAGUGGCCCAAUUCCAAAUUGGUUAUGCAAUAUGAGUCAACUUAGCGUUUGCUAUGCAUUUUAUAAUAAUUUCAAUGGCCCAAUACCAAAUUGCUUAUGCAAUAUGAGUCAACUAAGAGGUUUUGAUGCAUCUUAUAACAAUUUGAGUGGCUCAAUUCCAAAUUGCUUGGACAAUAUGAGUCAACUUGACAGUUUUGAUGUAUCUUAUAACAAUUUAAGUGGCCCAAUUCCAAAUUGUUUGGGCAAUAUGAGUGCUCUGAUUUGGCUGGGUUUGCAAGGAAAUAACUUCAGUGGAAUGUUACCAAAAUUUUCAAAAGCAACUCAACUUGAGUUUCUCAAAGUUAGUGAGAAUAGAUUGGAAGGGAAGUUGCCCAGAUCAUUAGCAAAAUGCACUCAACUUACGGUUUUGGAUGUAGGAAGCAACAUGAUAAAUGAUACAUUUCCUUUUUGGUUGGAGAAAUUGACUUACUUGAUGGUUCUAAUAUUGCGGGAAAAUAGAUUUUAUGGUCAAAUUAAACAUUUCAAACAUAAAUCUGUUUUCCCAACUUUGGAUGUAUUGGACAUUGCUUCAAACCAGUUUUCUGGUGAACUAUCCAUUGAUUUCCUUCAAGCCACUCGACUAAGGUCACUCAAAAUAGGUGGGAAUAAAUUGGAAGGGAAGCUGUCGAGAUCAUUAGUCAAUUGCACAGCACUUGGGGUUCUGGACCUUGGAAAUAAUAUGGUUCAUGAUACAUUUCCAUUUUGGUUAGAGAAGCUACCUUCCUUGAAGGUUCUAGUUUUGCGAGCAAACAGAUUCUACGGUACAAUUUCAAAAAUCGACACGGAACGUGGGUUUCCAAACCUACGCAUAUUGGACAUUGGUUCCAAUCAUGUUUCAGGUGACUUGUCCAUUGAGUUUUUGCAAAGUUUGAAGGCAAUGAUGCAUUUAACAAAUGACGAUAAAGCUAAGCUGGUUUACAUUGGGGAGGACUAUUAUCAAGACUCUGACAAUUGUUAACAAAGGGAUUGAAAUGUUCUACCAAAAGGUCUUGACAAUUCUUACUUGUCUUGACCUUUCCAACAAUAGUUUCCAUGGGAGAAUACCAGAAGAGAUACGAAUGCUGAGGUCACUCAGAGUGAUGAACUUAUCCAAUAAUGGCUUCUCUGGUGAAAUCUCAUUAGCACUUCAAAAUCUAAAAGACCUUGAAUCUUUGGAUCUCUCAAGAAACAAGCUGUCAGGGGAGAUUCCUCCACAACUUACAAGUCUAACUUUCCUGGCAGCAUUGAACUUGUCAUACAACCAACUUGAAGGAAGCAUACCACAAAGCAACCAAUUCAUUACAUUUACAAAUGAUUCCUACCGUGGGAACCCAAAAUUGUGUGGGCUGCCUCUGUCAAGGAAAUGCAAUGAAGUUGAUCUUCGAAUGCCACCACCUCCAGGGGAAGAUGAAGAUUCAUGGUUAUAUGCUAUGUCUACUUGGAAAAUUGGGUUGAUAGGUUAUGCUAAUGGAUUGGUGGUUGGGCUAUUUAUUGGAUAUACAGUGCUGAAUGAGUUGGGAAACAAAUGGGUUGAGAAGUUCAGAAAGUGUGGGAAAAGAAAUAGAAGAAGAUGUAGGUGACUCCAUCAGAAUUCUUGUUUCAAAAUUAGCUGGACAUGGAAUGUCUAGUCAGGAGGAAUGUCCAGUCAGGAGGUACGUUAUCUUGGAAGAAAAUGGUAAUUAGUUUCUUAUGGCUGCAAGUAUUUUUCAAUCACGUGUUAGGCUUUAGGUCCGGGUGUAAAGGGUGGACCUGUUGGUCCGGGUUUUAGUGCAGCCUGACACUUGUUUUUAUAUUAGUCUAUUUAUCCUUUCAAUGAUAGUCUUAUUACGUUACAAAUUACCAUUCAAUUAAACUUUGUAUGUAAUAAUAUGAUAAUAAUAAUUAAAAUCUAAUGAAAGAAAUUAUGUGUUACAA